GGGCUCAUUUCACAACGAGCCGCACAAAAGAUUCCCAAAAAUAAAGGUAGCACAAAAAAAAUACCUCCUUCCCCUCACAUUCGUUCUUCGCUUCUUUCUGUCUCCCCGACUCUUAUCUCUUUUCCUCUUCACCUUCGUUUUCUUCCGCCUCACUCAUCACCUUCGUCUCCUCGCCGUCGGAGAUCAUCGUCGAACCUCUUUGUUGGCAGCUGCUUAAUUGUUCUUUGUUGUUGUGGUGUUGAUUGUUGUAGUAUAGCUUCUUUAUCCUCAUCUCUUGUCUUCGCAUUCUCUCUCGCCUCCAGUCCACACCGCUACUGCCAAUGGUGGUCGUGAAACCUUCAUCAACUGUAAUCCAUUAUAAAUUGAUUCUUUAUCUCCUAUUGUUCGGUGCACCACUUCCUCCGUCGUCGGAGCCGUGUUGUGGUGGUGGUGAUGCCCACCUUGUGGGUUAUUCGUUGACUUGUCGUUGUGGCUCUACUCUACCCAUGUUGUCCCCUGCACCGUCUCUUCUGGAGCUCCAUGGGUUUCCGUAGUUGCGGUUUCUUUUGGUGUUGGUUGGGUCCUCUUUAUUCCUCCAUUUAAUUUAAUGGUGAAUCAUGUCCCAACAGCAAGUCAUCAACUUCGACUAUAUGGCUGAUGAGCAGGAUGUGGCAGAAUUCAUUGAUGUUAUUGUGAGUUCUUUUUGGGAAAUGGGAUAUUGAAUAUUUACUUAUUUUGGUGUGAUUAGGAACGUAAGUCAAAAGAGAAAAGGUGUACCAUUCAAGACUGGUCAAGGGUACGAUUCUAAAUUUUCAGGUUUGUAGCUUUCUACUUUUCUGCAUUGGUUUGUGAGAAAAAUAGCCAAUCCUUCUAGAUGUUUCUUUUUCUUUCAGUUCUUCAUGUUUCACUGCAUUGUUCCCGAAUGUUAAUGAUUAUUACUCCCUCUGUCCAAAAUUAGUUGUUACACUUUCCUUUUUCAUCCGUCCCAGAUUAGUGGUUACACUUCUAAAUUAAGAAUGACCCCACAAUUAUUAUAUUGUCUCUCUCUUCCCACUAAAUUCUUUUUUGUCCCCACACCCUCUCUCAUUCAAUUAAAAAAAUAUUUCAGUAACUCCUAUCAAAUCUACUUUUUCAAUAAAAUAACAAUUGAUAACCAAACAAACACUUAUCACCUAAACCUAUGUGCAAAGGUAAAUGUAACAACUAAUCUGGGACGGAGGGAGUAUUAAUUUUAGGCAAAUUAUUAAAUUCUCUCUUGAACUUAAUGUAUGUGAAUACUUAUUGAAUUUCAUUAUAAAUUGUGAUUAUGAACCACAUAUUUAUAUGGUGGAAAUAACGGGAUUAAAAUUCUACUAGGAUUCCAAUAACUAUAUCCAAUAGGAUUCUAGUUAAAUAAUAUCAUUAGAAUUUUACGUUUAAUCAAACACCUAAGUGUUUCAGAUUUAACAAAUAUCCAAUUUGAGUAGAAUAAGGAAAACGAGAUUACUUCACAAUGAAGGAAUCCUAUCCGCCAAGGGAUUGCUUGCGUGGCCCUUGAGCCCACGCUGUUGUGCAGCCCGCAGCCAAGCAGCCCGCAACUCGCAACUCGCCGCCCACGAGUGAUUUCUGCUUGCUUGCUGGCCCUUGGGCGCUGGCAGCUGCACCCCAGUGGGCGAUGCUGCUGCUCGGCCUGCUUGCUCGGCGCGCGCGGGCUUGUUGGGCGCUGGGCCUGGCUUCGUGUUGGUCCUUGCGUCUUGCAAGCUCGUCCGUCGAUCGUUUCGUACGUCGCGCUUCCGAUUCUUUUUCCGAUUCCGGAAUUCAUUUCCGAUUCGCACAAAUAUUUAAUAUUUCCGAUUCCGGAAUUUAUUUCCGAUUCGAACAAAUAUUUAAUAUUUCCGAUUCCGGAAUUUAUUUCCGAUUCCGACAAUAUUUCCGAUUCCGGUAAUAUUUCCUUUUCCGUCAAUAUUUCUGAUUCCGGCAAUAUUUCUAUUUCCGAUAAUAUUUUCCGAUACGUACCAUGUUUCCGUUUCUGGCAACAUCUACGACUUGGAUUAUAUUUAUACUUCCGUCAUGAUCCAUAUUUCCGUUUCCGGCAAUAUCAUCAUUUCCGGAGCAUUCUAUAUUUUGCUUUUUGACGAUUUCAGCUCCCACUGGAACCGAGAUUCGUCGUUUCCGAAUGUUCAUAAAUAGAGUAUUUAAUUCACUUAAAUACUUGAUCCGUUCACGUACUAUUUGUGUGACCCUACGGGUUCAGUCAAGAGUAAGCUGUGGAUUAAUAUUAUUAGUUCCACUCGAACUGAGGCGGCCUCUAGCUAGGCAUACAACUCACUUGAUCUCACUGAAUUAUUAACUUGCAUAAUUAAUUAAUACUGAACCGCAUUUAUUAGACUUAGCAUUGAAUGCAUACUUGGACCAAGGGCAUUAUUUCCUUCAGGAACACCUAGUUAGGACAUGACUUGAAUUUUGAACUUGGACUUCCCGACACAUGGUAUGAUAUGCAUGCAAUGAAUGACACCUAGACUUGACUCUAAGUGCCACUCCGAAGAUUCAGGAUGUUGGAUUUUGUAUUUGUAUCCGGGGUUUGUGACCCGUUGGAAAUAUUUCAAAGGAGUUUCAACCUAUUGUGAUUUGUAUGAGAAUUUGUACUAGUAUCUAGACUUACAACCUGAUGGGAAUAUUUUUGAAAGGAGAUUAAUUCUUUUGUGGAGGUUUCCUCCUUGUACCAUUUCUAGAGGUUUAGAACUUGGAUAUUGAAAAGGGAUUUUGACCCAAUUGGAUUGUGUACUCGUAGCGGGAUUUGCAACCCGUUGGAAAUAUUUUUAGGGGAGUUUCAACCAGACAAUAGAAAUUGGAAUAUCUAAAGGGAAUUUCAACCCGACAUUAGAACUUGGAAUAUUUCAAGGGAAUUUCAACCCAUUGGAUUUUGUAUAUUUGUCCCGGGAUUUGCAACCUGUUGGAACAGUUUAGGGGGAAUUUCAACCCGAAGUAGAAGUUGGAAUAUUUUAGGGGAAUUUCAACCCGAUAGAAUGUAGAGAUUGGAGUUGUAUUAUUUCAAGGGACUUCCAACCCGAGAAUAGAGUUCAGAUUUGUAUUAUUUCUGGGGGAUUUCAACCCAUUAGAAGGAAAAUUAGAUCUUGUACUAUUUCAAGGGGAUUUCAACCCAAAGGAAUUUGUAUGGGGUUUGGAUUAUUUCAAGGGAUUUUCAACCCGUUGGAAAUGUUUUAGGAGAUCGAAUUUGUAUUAUUUCUAGGGUUUUCAACCCGUUGGAAUUGUUUUUGGAAAUCGAAUUUGUAUUAUUUCUAGGGAUUUUCAACCCGUUGUUUGGAAUUUGGAAAUAUUUUAGGGGGAUUUCAACCCAUAAUGGCAUUUGGAAAUAUUUUAGGGGGAUUUCAACCCAUUGGAUUUUGUAUUAUUUGUAGGGAUUUUCAACCCAUGAUAGAAUGUGGAAAUUGAAUUUGUAUUAUUUUAGGGGAUUUUCGACUGUAGACACCUACUUUUGUCCCCAUUCCCGAAAGGGAAGGUUCGAUGAUGAGAACAUAAAAUCUCCACUUGGCAACGCAUCUCCUACAAGAUAACGAAUCUCAAUCACCCUUUUCAUUUCACCCGAAACCUGCUAUUAAUGGAAACCUGCUAAAAAUAGUAAUUGCCGUAAUGGGUAGUUGUUAAAAGUGGCAAGUCAUAAAAGAUAGAAACCUGUCAGAAUUAGGUGUUGCACUCCAACAUAAAUCCUAAAUGAGAUAGAAAUUGCAAGAGGAAUCCUAUUCCUAAUAUGAUUUGAAAAUAAGAGUUACGUGUUAAUUAAAAUCCUAACGAGCCUAGAGUUCGUAACGGGCCCAGACGCAUUCCGUCAUAAAGUUAAUACGCGCUAAAAGACUCGGAUAAGUCUCGAAGUCUCCGUAUUCCACGAGUCCAAAUCUGACAAGGAAAUACGGCCCAGACCCUAUUUUCAACGCCUGGCUCUAGGCGCUGAAAUCUUCGGCGCCCAGCCCUGGGCGCUGAAAAUACCUGGGUACGUGUUCUCUCCUAAUUCUUCUUGGAUUAGAGCUCUACAAUUCUAUCUUUCCACGAAAUCUUCCCUAUAAAUACAGCCCCAAAUUCGACGUGAAAAGAACACACAGAAUUCAUAUUCUAAGUAUUGACUCCAACCCCUAAGCCUAAGCCUUACGCUGCGAAAUUGAUCCCGUGUUCUGUCGCAAUCGAUCCAAAAAUCGAACAGAACGUAUCCUGUCCCUUGUAGUUGAAGAAUUAAGCCCAGAAACUUGAGAUUCGUUAAAUAAAAGGAGAAAUAGCAAAGCCAAAGUGGUUAGUUUUAUGAGAACCAUGACGCACCUCUCAAGGGUGCGUCGUAAUGUGUCCCUUCGCAUGAUUUAAUUGCUUUCCUCGCCCUUUUAUAAAACUGUUAAACUAUUUAAUCUGAUUGUUCUAUCACGCCUAAUAAAGAUAAUAUCUUGGGAAAUUUAACUAUCAUGCUAGGUCCCUUAAAUCAAUCUAAACCAGAUAAUUACGAUCGAUCUAGUAUUAUGUGUUGCAUAUUGUUAAAAUCAAUUCAGAUUAGUUUAUUAGUUAACGCAUGUCCCUUCAAUUAUUUAUGCUGAGCUAGUAAGGAUAUCCUGCCUCUGGAGUUAUCGAAGAGCGAGUACUCCUCUCGGUAGUUACAGUCCCCCAAACCCUCAAUCUCUACCUUGCGGGUGUAUGUUGAGAGAUCCCCACACCAGGGAUCACAAGGGAACCUAUGGCGUCGUGGUCAAACAUAAUUGCACUCCCUUUAUGUCACGAUAACCGGGUUUUGUCAGUUUUUCUCAUUGUCGUUAAAAACUGAAUGACGACUCCUAUAUCACUAGUCAAUUGGGUGUAAACUCACAGGAAAUCCAAUUACACUUGAUUUGACAAAAAGAAACGUCACACCCAUGAGGGACGAGGUCACGCAUUAGCCUCCUGCUUUUUCGACCCCCUCACAGUGGCGACUCCACUGGGGAUAGUGAACGAAAUACUCGUGCUCGUAGGUAAUCAAAAUAGCCGAAGGGUGAAACGAUCCUAGCCCGCGUUUAUUUCCCCAUCAAGUUGGGACGACCUGAAAAUCAGCAUAUUAAUGUGAACGGGUAGAACCGCAUAACGAAUGUUGGCUCCCUUGGGAUGUUUCAUCUCGGGAGUUGGGACUAAGGAUACCCAUCGCCAACCGGGGGGUGCAUACGCUUCGAAUGUUGUCCACUCGGCACUUUCGCUAGUAGUACACCCGUCCCAAACCCAAUCGCUCGCCCACUAGGUCCCUAUCAUUGGUGCAUGCCCCCUUGGCUUACAUCGUGAUUGGCCUCUUGAGCGAAAUUCGUCUGUUGAAGGCACUACCUCGACCGGGGCAUGUGUUGGAUCUGCGAUAGAAGCGGUACCAAGCCGGCGUAAAUACUACCCAUAGAAGCCUAUCAUAAACUACAUGACAUAUUAUUAUCUUGCCUCAUGAUGUAAUGUUAGUUAUGCGAGCGAAAUAUGUGAUUGUGUGUGACAAAUAAUGCUAGAAAACCAACGACCUUAAAAAUUGCCCAAACGUUCAUAAACCAAUUGGCCAAAGAGUUAUACCAAAAUACGUGUUGCGCAAACCCGAACGAUCGCCACAAAAAUAAGCGACGCUUGGGAUGGCCCGUAACGAAUCCCACAAAACGCUGUAACGCGUAAAGGACGUUAUUAGGCAAGCACGCAAAAUCAAAGUCGCAUAAACAAAAAGUAUACGCAAACAAGAAACGAGAACCAGCCAGGGACGCAUUUUCAACGCCCCUGGCUGGGCGCUAAUAUUUCUCACGCCCUUCGCUGGGCGCUGAAGUUGCUGCCUGGCCUUUUGGUUAGGCGUAGCAGCCUCGAUGCCCGCGCAAAAAAUAUAUACGUAGCAAAAAAAAAAACUAUUCGUAAAGAUUGCUGCGAGGGCGUAUGAAAGGCACUCGAUUCUAAAAGCGACUAAAAAAAUAUAAAAAUAAAUAACUCUUUGUGUCGUUGUUAGGCCUCAUAUGACGACAAUGUUCGGCACCAAAACCGAGUAUGCUAAUAACUAUGAAUGUCACACGGGCAAAGAUUUUCGAAAAUAUAAAGAGUUCAAAGUGCACACAUAGUAGUCCAAAUAUACUAGUCCGACUUAAGGGUAGUCAUAAAAUGUCUAAAAACCGACUCAUGAAAUAAACUAAUGUGUCUCCUACUCCACAACAAUAAUGCAGGGCCCCUGAAUACCUACCCGUGAUAGCCAUCAAGGAUCGCAAUGGAAGUAUCAUAUCCCGAACAUCUAUUCCUAGAGGUCGCACAAACCCAAGAGAUGCAUGUUCUGGAACACGACCCUCUACGUUCUCAAAGGCCACUCGCCUCAAAGAACCAUGCCAUGCCAACAGCGCUCCCCAACUCACAUGCUUUCGGGCUAUUGUUUGGGUUAGAAAAGAAAAGAGCAAGGAACGAAACAGAAAUUAUAGCAUUGGCCCUUCAAGAUGAAUUGUUCGAUUCCACUAAACUGAUCGCUCCAUCACCCUUAAAGGUUGACCAAAUCCCACGAGGGUGGCGCAAGACCUUCAAAUGGACUAAUGCUCGUGGAAUGAAGUUCAAGAUAUCUGCGGGAGAGGGUCCAAUGUACGAAGAAUUAGAGUCUGAAUCCGAGUCCGACUCCGAGUCCGAACCUAGCAAAAUUGUAACCCCUUCCAAAACUAGUUUAGACCCGGAAAUAUCUACUCCGGGAGAUCUUUUUGAUGUAAUGCUUCAUGACUUUAAUAAGAUAAACAAAACUUUCGAGUUUAUGCCGCUUAAAAAUCCGAGUAGUACUGCAGAAUGUCUCGCCACUAAUGAGCACGAAAAAGAGCCAAAAGAGGAAUAUACCGAAUUAUUAAAACCUGUAAAUGAACAAGAACUAAAAACUCCUAUAAUUGAGGACACAAAAUCGGUAAAUAUUGGAACAGAGGAAAAUCCUAAAAUCAUUAAAAUUGGCCUCACCUUAACUCCCACUGAAAAAACCGAUCUAAUCUCCACUUUGCGGGAAUUCGAGGGUGUCUUUGCUUGGUCCUACAAAGACAUGCCAGGAAUAGAUCGAGAAAUCGCUGAGCAUAAGAUUCCGCUAGAUCCCAAAAUGACGCCAGUAAAACAAAAGCUACGGCGGCUCAAACCAGAGAUAGCCUUGAAAAUAAAAGAAGAAGUCACUAAACAAUUAGACGCCGGCUUCAUAAAAGUCACCAACAACCCAGAAUGGGUGGCCAAUAUUGUCCCCGUAGCUAAAAAAGAUGGACGAGUGCGAAUGUGCGUAGACUUUCGAGAUCUCAACAAAGCCAGUCCCAAAGAUGACUUCCCUCUACCUCACAUUCACAUAUUGGUAGACAACACCGCAGAACACGCGCUUCUCUCCUUUAUGGACGGGUACGCAGGAUAUAACCAAAUACUUAUGGCAGAAGAAGACAUGGAAAAAACAACCUUCAUUACCCCUUGGGGUACAUAUUGCUAUACUGUAAUGCCUUUUGGUUUCAAAAACGCGGGGGCCACCUAUCAAAGAACAGCCACCACAUUACUCCAUGACAUGAUACACAAAGAAAUCGAGGUCUAUGUAGACGACAUGAUCGUCAAAUCUAAAGACCGGCACGGUCACCUCCCGGCACUUAGAAAGUUCUUCACCCGAAUCUUGAAAUAUAACAUGAGACUAAAUCUACAAAAAUGUGCGUUCGGGGUAACCUCUGGAAAAUUUCUAGGAUAUGUUGUUAGUACGCGGGGUAUCGAGAUUGACCCAUCCAAGAUUAAAGCCAUUACCGAAAUGCCCCCACCAAAAACUGAAAAACAGAUAAGGGGCUUCCUAGGAAAGCUGCAAUACAUUAGUAGGUUCAUUUCCAACCUUACUAUGACUUGUGGGCCAAUAUUCAAAAAAUGAAGAAAAGAAGAAAAAGCCGAAUGGGAUGAACAAUGCCAAAUUGCCUUCGAUAAAAUCAAAGAAUAUCUAAGCAAACCACCCGUACUUACCCCUCCUUUGCCUGGAGUCCCUUUACGCCUAUACCUAACCGUCACGGAUACUGCAGCGGGAGCUAUGCUCUCACAGUGUGUACAUGGAUCCGAGCGAGCCAUUUACUACUUGAGCAAGAAGUUCAUACAGUACGAGACGAGAUAUACAGAACUUGAGAAAACCUGCCUCGCCCUCGUCUGGGCAUCUAAAAAACUCAGACAUUACCUAUUGGCCCACACCGUUCAUAUAGUGUCACAACUAGACCCCUUAAAAUAUAUGUUCGAAAAGCCCGCUCUAAACGGUCGCUUGUGCAGGUGGCUAGUCAUGCUCUCAGAGUUCGAACUAAAAUUCAUGCCAGAAAAAACAAUCAAAGGAAGAGCGGUAGCCGAGUUCCUGGCCGAGCAUGCUACGAAUGAGGAAACCACGGAAGCUUACCUCCUCCCUGACGAGGAACUUCUGAUGAUACGAGACGACUAUUGGACACUAUACUUCGAUGACGCGUCCAAUCAGAAGGGAUGCGGUGUCGGAGUUCUCCUAGUCAGUCCCGAAGGGGCCCAUAUACCAAUUUCCAUCAAACUUGACUUCGAGGCCACAAACAACGCCGCCGAAUAUGAAGCCUGCAUAGUUGGGCUAGAGGCCGCAAUUAGCCUCGGGGUCAAGCAUCUACAAGUCUUCGGGGAUUCUUCCCUAAUAAUCAACCACAUAUCCAAAAGAUGGAAGGUCCGAAGCACUAGUCUCUCAAAGUAUCAAGCUCACUUAGACCAAAUAGUCGAGCAAUUCGAAUAAAUCGAGUAUACGUACUUACCAAGAGACGACAACCAAUUCGCGGAUGCACUAGCAAAGUUAGCUUCAAUGCUCGACAUCCCGAAUGAGUUGGACGGAAUGACCCUUCGAGUCGAACGAAGAAAAGAUCCGGCUUAUUGCUGUGCCAUAGACUCCGAACCUGAAAACACCGAAGAAGAACCAUGGUAUACGGACAUCCUUCGUUACAAAACAAGUGGGGAAUUCCCCCCAAACACCUCCCCGCGAGCACAAAAGGCCCUACGCCUCCUCGCGUAGCAAUAUAGCAUAAUCCUGGGGGAAUUGUACAAAUACACGCCGAAUAAAAUCAAGUUACUUUGUGUUCACCAAAACCAAGCCCAAAGACUAAUGGAAGAAUACCAUAACGGCGUGUGUGGACCUCAUAUGAACGGCAAAAUGCUAUCCCGGAAAAUAUCCCGCUCAGGGUAUUAUUGGACCACCAUGGAAACUGAUUGCCAUCACUUUGUGAAAACUUGCCCAAAAUGCCAAAUCUUCAAUAACCUUAACCACUUACCUCCCUCAGAACUAUACACCUUCACUUCCCCAUGGCCCUUUUCUACCUGGGGUAUAGAUAUAAUCGGAAAAGUAAUGCCCACAGGCGUAGAGGGACACGAGUACGUUUUAGUCGCAAUUGACUACUUCACUAAAUGGGUAGAGGCAGUCUCCUACGCAAAAUUAACGGCCAAACAUGUAGCUCGAUUCCUAGAAAAGAACAUAUUCUGUCGAUACGGGGUUCCACAUGAAAUCAUAAGCGACCAAGGUUCUCACUUUAGGGCCGAAGUCCAAGACCUGCUCGAAAAAUAUCAUGUCAAACAUCAUAAAUCCUCUCCCUACAGGCCGCAAAUGAACGGCGCGGUAGAGGCAGCCAACAAAAACAUUAAAGUCAUAAUCGAAAAAAUGGCCGAAAAUUAUAAGGAUUGGCCAAACAAAUUACACUUUGCAUUAUGGGGUUAUCGAACCUCAAUCCGCACCUCCAUUGGAGUAACACCCUACUCCUUGGUAUACGGAAUGGAAGCAGUUCAACCGAUAGAGUUGGAAAUUCCCUCCCUCCGGAUCGUCCUAGAAAGCAAACUACCCGAGGCCGAUUGGGUUCCAGCUAGGUACGACGAGCUCGUUCUUUUAGACGAACGGAGGUUGAGAGCUUUACAUCACGUGCAAGUGUAUCAAAAGCGUAUCGCAAGGCAAUUCAACAAAAGAGUCAAACCUCGAAAUAUCAAAGAAGGCGAUUUUGUGUUAAAAGAAAUCCGCGCACCUACUACGGACCCCCGAGGAAAAUUUCGGCCUAAUUGGACCGGACCAUAUUUUGUAAAGACUAUCCUUCCUGGCGGAGCGGUCUAACUGGCUGACAUAGAUGGAGCGGAAUUCGCCAACCUCACGAAUUUAGACCAAUUGAAAAAGUACUAUAUUUAAUAAAAUUCAGUCCGGAGUUAAGGCAUCUAAUAAUACACAUUAAGACUCAUAAGCAAGCAUUCUGCGCAUUACUCUAACCAAACGGCAUAAGACUCGCUAAAGUAGAAAGGGAGAAGAACACAGUUUCAACGCCCAUGACUGGGCGCUGUUAUUUUUCACGCCCAGGCCUGGGCGCCGAUAUUCCCAACGCCCAAGCUUGGGCGUCAUUCUCUCUUGCCACCAAUUCUCCCGCUUCUGCAAGUGUUCGUACUCCUUUUUCGAAUCAUCAAAAGAACCACGAACACUUGGGGGGGGGGGUAGCAGACGUGUAAUGAACACCCCUUUCAAAAAAAAAAACAUAUAGCUAGAACUA